CGUCACUUAAUAGUUGUGUUAGUUUUAAUUCUUCAAAUAAACAAAAUCCAUUCCGCUGGAAAAUUCUAUACAACAACUGAAAACAAACAUUAUUAUGUAGAAGACGAUGAAAAGUAUUCGUGGUACGAUAGUCUAAUUGAAUGCCUGAAACUAAAUAUGACACUGACUGCAAUUGAGUCGGACACGGAACAACAGGCAUUAGUACCAAUAUUAAACGGUUCAAAAUUGUGGUUGGGUGGUUUAAUGGUACCAAAUACCCGUCACUUUGUAUGGAUAUCGACAGGAAAACCAUUUCAAUAUACCAAUUGGUUUCAGGGAAAUCCAGAUUUCAUAAAUAAUUGUGUUUUAAGUGGUUUGGAUAUAGACAAUGAUAUACGUUGUACAUUUCCUUAUGGAUACAUUUGCGAGCAACCCCAACACCCCCAGAUUGUAACAGAGACGGAUGAACGAAAACUACAAGAAGACAUCGUACAACUUAAUGAGAACUUAAGAAUAGAAAUUCAAGAGCGUCAAAAUUUACAGCAAGAACUAAAAAAACAAAAGGAGUUAGCGCAAAAUCUGCAAGAGCGACUACAACAAAUUAAUGACACUAAACUAGAGAUGCAGGAAAAAAAAGUGAAUCUGCAGCAGGAACUACAAAAACUGGUACAAGAAUUAGUAAAUGGUGAACAGAAUUUACAGCAAGUCUCACAAAAACCAAAAGACAGUCAACAUCUAACUGAGCAGCAGUUACAGCAUCACAAAGAAUAUGAGGCAAAACAGCAAAAUGACGAGAAAAAUAAAAGUUAUUUGAAUCUUUUUUUUUCAAAUAUACAAAAUGCAUAUUUCUUUCAAAAUUCACGUUAAAAGUAACUCAUUUAAACACAAAAGAUUUACAUAUUAUUAUCAACGCGAUAAUAACAUGUGUUGUGUGUAAUUUCUAUUAUUCU